AUGCUACGGAAAGUAUCAGUGAUAGUGUUGAUUUGUGUAGAAAUUGUGUUUUUACAUUUCGACGAAGUAAUUUGUAAACCGGGAGGCGGACAUUAUUCUUCCCAACGGACACUUGGCUCAGGAUCUUCGGGUUCACAUGGAGGAUCCAUUGGUAAUCAGCAAAAUGCAUGGGGAAAUCCCUGGUCUCCUGAGGACGUGAAUUCUUGGUAUGACUACGCUCUUAAUGACUCUGAUUCAAUUCCCGAUGAGCAACGUCUCAUGGCGUAUCUAUUAAGAAACUACGAUCCAUCAGCGCGACCUGUUUACAAUGCGUCGAAUACAGUCAGCGUUGCAUUCGGAAUCUCGUUAACACAAUUAAGCGAUAUGGACGAGAAAAACCAGAUUUUAACAACAAAUAUUUGGCUUGAACAGGAAUGGUUUGAUCAACGAUUAAUUUGGAACGCAUCGGAUUUUAAUGGUUUAUCAACACUUCGUUUACCUUGUUCAAAGAUUUGGUUACCUGACAUCGUACUAUAUAAUUCUGCUGAUGAUUAUACUCAAGGUUUUUACCAAAGUAAAGCGAUGGUUGAAAGCACGGGGCAUGUUUUUUGGCCUCCGCCCGCCAAAUUUCGCUCGUCAUGUAAAAUUGACGUGACUUAUUUUCCAUUUGAUGAUCAGCUAUGUAAGUUAAAAUUUGGCUCCUGGUCGUACGAUGCAGCGCAGGUUAAUUUAACUAAAAGAAGAGACACUGUUGACAUGGCAAAUUACAUCCGGUCAGGUGAAUGGCAUAUCGUUAACAUUGACAUUAAACGAAAUGAUGUCACGUACCCGUGUUGUCCAGGGAUUUAUUAUCCUGAUGUGACUAUUUAUGUUCAUAUUCGUCGGCGAGUGCUGUAUUAUCUAUUUAAUAUAAUAUUUCCUUGUAUAUGGCUUUCAAUACUGUCUCUUCUCGGCUUUUGGCUUCCGUCGGAUUCGGGAGAGAAGAUUACACUUGGUAUAACUGUCCUCCUCGCUUUUUCAGUUUUUAUGUUACUAAUUGCGGAAUCAAUGCCAGCAACAAGUGAAAUGGUUCCAUUAAUUGAAGUCUAUUUAACUGUUGUCAUGGCCUUAACUUCCUUGUCGAUCGUUUUGACUGUUUAUGUCCUUCAAUUACAUCAUUCAGGUCCUGUUGUUGUGCCUAUACCUUAUUCGUUUAAAUACACGUUAGUUCGAUUCGUCGCUCCGUUAGUUGGAAUGAGAAAAAUCGUACGAAUCUAUGCGGAAGAACAUCAAUUAAUCGGCAAGGAUGAAGUUUAUCGAUGUUUUAGCAAAGUAGAUGCGAAACCAUCGCACACACCACUGAUUGUUAAUCAUCAGAAAUAUCCGAUGGAAAAACCAAACAACAAACUUAGACAAGACGCACGUUAUCGCGAAGAAACCCUUGAUGACGAUAAUGAAGAAGAAGAUGAAGAAGGAAAACUAAAACAAUUCUUACCGAAUGUUUCACUUGCUAACGGCGAUGUCCGAACAGCAAAACGAGCACAUGUUCGUCAUCAUCACCAUCGAUCACGUUCACGUGUUCCACAAAUCGUUCUUAUUCCCGAACAAUCGCAUCAAAUUCCGUUCAUGAGAAAUUCAAAUACUUCGUCUCAUUACGAAUUGUUCAAUUCCAAUAUGUUUCUGUUAGAAAAACAUUUGAAGCGGUUGAUUGACAGACAAAAACAAGAAGAAGAGCGAAAUGAAAUUGUCAACGAGUGGAAACUCAUGGCGUUAAUUAUGGAUCGUCUAUUAUUUUGGAUUUUUACGACUUUAACGAUUCUAAGUACGAUCUUUAGUCUGAUUAUCAUCCCUUGGUUAAAAAAUACCGGUUAUAUCGCAGCGUUGAACAAAGAAAUUUUUGACGAAUAUAAAUCGAAUGAAUCAUUGACAAAUUUAAUUGACGAAUCGAUGAAAAUGAAUCUAUCUGGUUCAUAA